AAUCAGCCGAUCAGCGGCGAGAAAAGUUGCAGACAACUAUGGCGGCGCAAACAGCUGUGCGAAAUGUGGGUCGCCUGUCACCUCAAAAAACGGCGAUAUUCCUCUGCGACAUGCAAGAGAAGUUCCGCAAGACCAUACAGUACUUUCCGCAGAUUGUGGCCGUCUCUCAACGGCUACUGAAAGCCGGGCGCGCGCUUGACAUGACUGUCAUCGUCACCGAACAAUAUCCGAAAGGUCUGGGCAACACCGUUCCGGAGCUGGGCCUUGCCGAAUUCCCAGACAUCAAGCCAAUCGAGAAGACCCAGUUCUCCAUGAUGACCGCCGAAGUAACCCAGACGAUGCAGGAGAAAGGGCUCGACUCGGUUGUGCUGUGCGGCAUAGAGGCGCACGUCUGUGUCCAGAACACAGCCCUGGCAUUGCUAGAGCGGGGCUUCAAUGUACACAUCGCUGUUGAUGCCUGCUCUUCGCGCACGAUGGUCGACAGAUUCUUUGGCUUUGAACGGAUGAAAGCGAGUGGAGCUUGGUUGACCACAAGUGAGAGCGUCAUCCUGAGCUUGCUUGGCGGCUCGGCACACCCAAAGUUCAAGGAAGUCCAGAAGCUCAUCAUGGAGUCUGCUCCCGACAGUGGCCUGCUUGGAUUUGCUCAGAAGCAGACGAGUACCUUAUAGGAACCACUUGACAUGUUAUUAAUUUUUUACUGCCUAUAUUCUCCACUGCAUUUAUAAAAGCCAGAAAUAUGGAUCAUUCUAUAAUGAUCAUUCUUUAAUGAUAGUAUACUAGCACAGUUUUCUUGUUUUACUUAGCCAAUGUUAGAAUUGGAAGCACGAGUGGAUGUUUUUGGUAUUUUUCCAUCGAGAAAAUGGGCGGCUACAUGCAUAAAUGUUGGAAUUGGUAACAUGCUUGCAACAACAUCUCCAUGUUGAGAAAGAACAUGCUUGUUUGAGGAAACACCAAUCACCUUUACCAACAUUGAUGCGGUGUUGAUGUGAACAGCUAUGUAAAUUUCAUUAGUAGUUUUUGCUCUUUGCUGGGCGCUAGACGAUACGCACGAGAUGUCCCCGAGAAAUAAAAAUGUAAGCCACGACAGUCUAUUUUGCUGCAUGCUACUGAUUCCUAAACCAAACAAAGGUGCCAUUGGUGAUCCAUGUAAUGAAGUAUUAAAUCGGCAAAUAAAAACGAAAAUGUCUGUCACAUUCAUUUUUGUCUGUUUUAUGAAAUGUGCAGUUUGGACUGGCUUAGACCUAGAGCCACAUUCAUAAUUUUGAGGGCCUUUUGUACCCAACGUGUUGUUCAACAACUUGCUUGUGUACGUUGAAAUGAGCAAUAAAGCUUGAAUAUUUCGCACAAUA